CCUCUACUUCAUCGUGUUCAUGUAUUAGUCAUGUACAAUAUUACACAGGCUAACCUGAGUGUACGUGUGCUUAUCGCACCCAAUUGCUAAAAUGUAAAUCGGAUGAAAAAUCAUUCUCGUACCAAAUGAGUUGAAAAAAUUAAUUGUUGAUAGGGCCCUUGAGAAAUGGCAAAAAUAGUGAAAACAUCAGAGACAAUCGCAACUAUUGUCUGUGAAUAUUGCUCACACUUAACCUUCAAACGUAUUCAAGACUUUGUCAGACACUUGAGAGAGCAACAUUGUACAAUCGAAGGCGGCUCCUACGUCUGUCAUUAUGGGUACAAUGAAGUGUGUUCAUCAUUACCCCUGGAAGGUGUCUCCGACAAAGAUUACAUAAUGCAUGCGACAAAACAUGCUGCAGUCCAGCAGCAGCAGCACCAGCAGCAACAGCAGCAGCAGCAGCAGCAGCAACACCAACAGCGUAAAACCAAUGGACAGAUUAAUGAAACGCUGUCCCAGUGGACAGUCUACUCAGCUGUACAAAAUCUACCAGCUGUACUCAAUGAUCCACGCAAGGGCAAGCAGAGUAACUUUCUCACGAAAACCUGGGGUGAUGCAUUCAUCGAAAAAGUUGACAUCCCAAAAAGUCCAUAUCUUCCCGAUAUCACGAUCCACCAUUUUGAUAAUUAUAUCCAGAAGAUCAUUAGGAGGUACAGAAAACAUUCCAGAGGAACAUCGAAUUUUUCUAGUUUGAAAAAAUCAUCAACAUCAAUAGAGCGUUCAUCCCAGUUCAAUCUCGGGAGUAUCCCCAAGAUAUUCCUAUCGCCUUCCCUAGACCUCUCCUCGGCCUCGACUUUUAACACGGUCUUCCCAUUCACCACCUCCGGCCUCUUGAAUCCUUCCACAAAUAUAGUAAGUGACGUUAAGGCCCUCCAGGAGAAAUUAAGUCACUACCUCGAUAUCGUCGAGGUGCAAAUAGCCGAGCAGGUGGCCUCUAAAUCCCAAGCCUUCUUCAUUGCAAUGACUUCUCACGACGCCCUCAUGGAGCAACUCACCCAGACGAUAACAGUCCUCAAGGCACUGCGCCGUAACAUCCACGAGAUUGACAAGACUCUAGUGCAGGACUCCCUGAAUAUUAUCAAGCUAGAGAGAUGCCGUUGCAACCACCUGUUGGUUCGCGAGAAGCUUAAAUUAAUGGCAACAGUCCAUCAGAGUCAGCCUAUGAUUCAACUCCUGCUCUCGACUCCAGAUUAUGUGGCAGCCCUCGACCUCAUCUCCACCACUCAGGAGAUCCUGCAUCAGGAGCUCAAUGGUAUCCAGAGCUUCAGACAUUUGAGCUCUCAACUCACUGAAAUGGAGAGGCUAGUCGACAAGAUGCUCUCUACAGAGUUCGAGAGGUACUCGACAGCAGAUCUCAAUCGUCCUCUGACAAUUCACAGUGACGGGACAGUUCUCGAUGGUGACAAACUCGUGUCAAUAAUCUCUGGGCUAUUGAGACAGAAGCAAUUUCAGUUUGUCGACACCUACAAGGAGGAAGCAAUCACGACAAUCAGAGCAAUAACUAAGCAGAGGGUAAUUGAGGCAUUGGCUGCCAGUGAUUGCUGCAGUGAUCAGCAAGCAGCAGCCCUCGAAGUUGGAGGGCUGUCCCUCCCUGAAAGGCUGAUUCUCCUCCAGAACACCAUCCAAUCGCUGACAUAUUUAUUGCAUCGGGUUCGAGCUGUCUACGAAGUGAUGAAGGACACGGUGGACCUCUCUGUGGGCCCAGUAGAUGAUGACAAUUUUAUUAUUGACAGGCGAUUAACCACUGACGAGCAUUCCAGGGUUAUUACCAAGCUCUCCGAUAUGUUGACAUCGGUCUGUGAUUAUUGCCAUGAGAGGCUGGGAAAUCUGGUGGCAGCUGGUGGGGAUGAUAGGAGCGAGAGGGAGAAAAUUAGUGAUGGCAAGGAGCGCGAAUGGAGUGAAAAGGGAUCUUGGUUGAGUGACAAAGCAACUGCUGGGCAGGUUUGUCAGCUUGCUGGUAUGGUUGAGGGUUUCACUGAGACCUGUGAAGGAAUCUGUGGAAAACAGUGCACAGCACUGAGAUCUGCCUUCAAGGCACAGGCCAGCAAGUUUGUACAGCGGUUUCACAAUGAAAGAAAAAGCAAACUGGGGCUUCUGCUUGAAUCGGAGCGAUGGAAACAGGCGGAGGUACCCAAGGAGUUUCAGAGGCUUGUUACUUUUGUCUUCGAAAAUCGGAGGUUUCCUGUAGGUGAUGAGCUAGAAUGGCGCGAGAGCGAGGUAGGGAGUUUUAUUUUUGUGGGUGAGGAGCAAUUCGCUGUGGUGGGUACGGCAUUGAUGCUGGUACAGAUGAUAAACGAAUAUUGUAGAACUGGUGAUGAGCUCAAGGCACUCUCCGGAGCUGUUGGAAGACAACUCGCUGAGCUUUUAAGACAUUAUAACUCGAGGUGCUGUCAGCUUGUGCUGGGGGCUGGUGCCAUGCAUGUGGCUGGCUUGAAAACUAUUACUAGCACAAUUUUGGUGCUAGCUGGAAGAAGCCUCAAGCUUAUUCUGUGGUUUAUGCCAUUCGUUAAAGCCCAUUUUCAAGAAUUGGCAAAUCACAGUGCCAAUCGAAGUGCCAUGAGCUCAUCAGGGGGAACAGGAGGGGUUGCACUGCUCGAUUCCGUUGAAAGGGAUGUUCGUGCACACAUCAGGGAGAUUGAGGGAAAAAUUCUCACAAUUGUGGAUAAUCUCGUGGGGGGACAAAUCACAAGCUGGGACGCAAGGCCUCCCGUACCUUCGCAAUCAUUUAGGAAUAUUUCGAGACAUUUAAUAAAACUCCACGAAGCUGUUUCAGGAAUUCUCCCCCCAGUCGAAGUUCAAGCGCUCUAUCGUACAGUCAAUGUAUCAUUUAAAGAAAAACUCAGGGAACAAUUAGUUAAAAUGAAUAUAGUGAACAACGGGGGACCACAACAUGGUGUAGUAACCUCAGAAUUAACAUUCUAUCUUGAAGCAUUGAGAAAUCUAAAAGUUCUACCAGCAAACGAAUUGAAUGAUGAUUGGAUGUCUGAUAUUUGGUCGAGAUAACAUGCAGAGCGAGUGGUUUACUGUCUCCUAGAGGCAAUGAGACAUCACAGGAAGAGAUGACUAAUAUUAUUCCUCCUUCAUCGACUGGUUAUCGAUGAAAUAUUUAUUGGAAACUGAGGAAUUUCAGGGAGGGGAAUUCUGAAGAGGUUGUCAUUGCAUUACAAAAUAUCAAAAGCCCAGUAAAAAUUCAAUUUUCUAUACCCUAUAAAUAGAGUCUUCUGACAAAUUCUUCUGAACUCUCCCCUUUCAAGCCAUUCAAGAUAAUGUAUUUGUAAAUUCAUUUACACCGGAAUAAUGUACUUUUAUUACUGUAUCAUUUUGCCGCAUUGUUUUUAACUUGUUUAAUGUCUAAAAACACUGCCACGUUCCAUUGGCCAAAUCUAUAUUAAUCCCACCGUGCAAUUACGAAUUAUUACGUUUGUAAUAAAUUAAUCGAGAUCGUUUGAUGAAAUCUAUUGAAUGAAAAAAAUCUCGGCUAAAAAGUAAAUGAAUAACCACUUUACGGAAUAAUAAUUAGAUAGUUAUCAAAAUGAAUCAAUUAAUUUCGAAAAAUUGCAUUCCACUGUUCUAGUCCAACAUUUGUACAUAAUGUUUAUGCAAUGAGCAGCAGCUAGAGAACAUUAAAAACGUGUUCUUUCUUUUUUAAGCUUGAAAAUUUACUCAUGUGCGCAAUGUUAUACUUUUUGGGCCAUUGAAAGUGUGAAAUUGCCGAGUGAAUAAAAUGUUGUGUAUUUAUUUCGAGAGGAGUAUGUAGAUACUAAUGUAUAUCAUAAUUAUA